CUGCAGCCGUGCGUAGGAUCCCUCUUUUUCCCUUUGGAAGGGCGUGGUUUCGAAGCCCCACCCCCUUCCUCGUCACGGCAAAGGCGCGGUCAAAUUUUCGUGUCGCGUCACUUCCGGCAUCCGCUGCCCGGCCUUCACUGUGGAAUGGCGGCUCUGAGGAGCUGGGUUCUUCGUAACGUCGGCCCCUUCUUCAGGCAUAGUGUUCCAGUUGUAGCAAAGUUGAGGAGAUGCCGUUUCUCUGAUUUGGUGCGACCCUGGCCCAAAACGGUGGCAAUGGGUUUUGGAGUAACUCUAUGUGCAGUUCCUAUAGCACAGAAGAACGAGGCACAUUCUCUUAGUAAUGAGGCUCUGAUGAGGAGAGCAGUUUCCUUGGUGACUGACAGUACCUCCACCUUUCUCUCACAAACCACAUAUGCACUGAUUGAAGCCAUCACAGAGUACACUAGGGCAGUUUACACAUUAGUGUCUCUGUACCGAAAGUACUCAAGUUUACUUGGGAAAAUGAAUUCUCAAGAGGAAGAUGCAGUGUGGCAGGUGAUCAUAGGAGCCAGGGUGGAGAUGUCUUCAAAACAAGAAGAGUAUUUAAAGCUAGAAACGACUUGGUUGACCGCCGUGAGUCUGUCCGAGAUGGCAGCAGAAGCAGCCUACCAGUCAGGCGCUGAUCAGGCCUCGGUCACGGCUCGAAAUCAUGUUCAGCUGGUGAAGACUCAAGUUCAGGAAGUGCGCCAGCUCUCCAAGACAGCUGAGACCAAGUUGGCUGAGGCCCAGACUGAAGAGCUACGCCUCAGACGCCCCAAGGAGCUGGAAGAAGGGGACUCACCCCAGCCCCCAAGCACUGGGGGCUCUCUGCUGACAGACCACGAAGAAGAGGCCUACUUACGGGAGGAUUGAGGAGGCCUCUCCCCACAGGCACUAACACUGUGAAUACAGUUACCUUGAUUGCCUUUAGAAGCAAAAUUAGAAAGCAGUGGAAGCUGAAGUUUGGGCUCACUCAGAGUUGGAAUACCUUCCCUGAGUUAGGCAGCAGGGAAGCGAGUCCUAUUUGUGGUCCUCUAGCAACAAGAGAGGGAGCCUGUCCCUGGGGCAUGGGACACAGCCCUCUUGUCAGUACUUUAAGUAGCAAGUUAGCCUUCAUUUUCAGCCUAUUCGGGUUUUCAGAUAUGUUAUUUAAGCAUUGGCUCCCCAUUGUGGGAUGCGAGUUGUUUGGGGUGCGGGUGGGGUGGAGCACCUGUUUGUGGUAUUUGUUAUUUAAAAGUUCACCCCUGCUUUGAGCUGUCUUACCUUUAGUCUAACUGUGGCUGAGACAAGUGCCUGCCCUGGCCCUGCAAGGAGGCCUGGCUGCACGAUUGGGGAGGGUACUUCAUGAAAUGUGUUUGUACUUGAUAUGAAACAAGAGUCACUUGUAUACUCUC